AUGUCGAAGAGAAAUCCAAAAGGAGCUGCCUUGGGGCAAAGCCAUUUUGAAUCAGCAGAUGUGGUGGAUUGCUUUACCGACAUUGUCAAGCCGUUGACUCAGGAAUUGGCCAAGCAACAGCGCGAUAUCACAUUCACGGCGCGAGAUCUCUCCUUGCUCAUCGGUCAAUUUCAGCAAUUUCAGCAGGAUUGUUUGGGCGCAUUCAACAGGCCCAGCAAUGCACCAGUGCGAAUCCCUGCCAAGCUGUUCAAAGUAUCCAAAAAGACGCUUCUCAAGAAGGACACAGCCAUCUACACCAUUCUCCACAGUGCCUACACAUUUCGUAUUCGCCACAAUUGGAAGAAAUGGGACUUUGGUAACCCUUCCAAGAAACAAAAGAACGCUGAUUUGGUUCAGGCUGUACGAACUGCCCUGAUCAAGAAAGGAUUCAUCCAUAUACCAAAGAUCGCCAUCAUGGAGCCUGUGACAGACGCCCAUCGUAAAACCGUCAUUGCAAUGAUCAAAAGACUAGGAGCUACCUAUGUGGACAAUGUGGAUAAAGCAACUCACAUCCUGCACGGAAAGCUGCACGAAUACAACAAGAGCAGUGUCGAAGAGGAUUGGUUUAGAACACUGGAAAAAGACGGAAAUAUGGUGUUGGUGCAUUGGUGGUACUAUCCAGACUCAUUCGACAGCUGGUUGCCCCAGACACAGCAGUUUGCCGAUCCAGAAGAACCACCAGAACACAAUGGCUCAUGGAAGAUAUCAGUGAGAUGGCUGCAAGAUACAGAACGAUUCAACGAGUUUAUGAACGAAGAGGACUAUGAGGAUUUAGACGAAGACGAAGACGAGGAAGAAGAGGAAGAGGAAGAGGAAGAAGAAGAGGAGGAGGAGGAGGAGGAAGAGGACGAGCAUGAAGUAGAUGGUGUAGAGGCCGAGGAAGACGACCAAGACGACCAAGACCAGGAGCCAAUUCUACCUGCUAAACGAAAACAGAGUGAUCUUGAUUCAGACGAAACAGCAGCAGCAACCGUAACACUAAAAGAAGAGCCCAAAUUAAAGACUGUAGCCAAACAGCCCUCACCAUCUUCAUCCGUUGCUACAGCGACUGACAAUUCAGUGUUUCAAGAGCCUGCUCCACCAUCAGUGCCAGUUCUUCAAGUCGGUUAUCAGCCUGUCAUCCGUGUUAGAGACAUUGAAGCCGAAAAGCCGCAGAUUGGAAGCAGACAGCGAAAGAACGAAUUCGAGCCCUACUUGAAUGGCGACUUGACCAACAUAUCGCAGUUUACCUCUGUCAAUGUCGAAUAUCCCAUGAGGCCCAACAAAAUGCGCAAACUAGACGAGGACAAAACAGAAGACAAAGUUCUCAACAUAUCAACUUUGGUCAAAGCAACCCCCUUUGACUAUGCAGAAUUCGACCUUCCCCAGUGGUUCGAUCAGUCCUUCAUCAGUGAAAACGAGCUGUUGGCUCUGCCAGAAAUUGGAAGCGCAGAUCUAUCAGAGGACCGAUACAAGCAGUAUAGAAACCACAUGGUUGACACCUACAGAGCCAACCCAGAUUUCUACUUGACAGUGUCCGCCUGCAAAUCCAAACUAGAUGCUGAUUUGGUCACGUUGGUUAGAAUCCACAACUUUCUCGAAAUGAACAACAUCAUUAAUGCCAGACCUGAUCCACGUCGCAGAAUAUUCGACCCUUACAUUGACAGCGAUCCCAAUGCGCAAGUCGCUCCCAAGUCGCAGCGCAAUUUGGACGAUAUAGACAAGGCCGAUAUUCAGUAUUUAAGGGAUCUCAUCUACAACGAAACACAAGUGCCGCCCUCACGUUCUUCUUGGGAUCUAACAAUCGAAGACCCCAACAAUCCAGACGGCCGUAAAAUAUUCCAUUGCUCCAAUUGCAGCGUCGACUGUAGCGCUGUGUCGUAUCGAUCCCUCAAGGCCAAAAACUAUCAAGUAUGCAUUGACUGUUUUCUGGAGGGCCGUUUUCCUGCGACAUUCUCAAGUGGCGACUUUUUACGUGUGGAGGCUGACGAUACAGAGCUUAUGAUGGAUGAGGCAUGGACAACCCAAGAGACACUGCGUUUAUUGGAGGGCGUGGAAAGAUUCGAUGAUGACUGGCUCAUGAUCUCUGAACAUGUUGGUAGUCGAUCCAAGGAACAGUGCAUCACCCACUUUUUACAACUGCCUAUCAACGACGAGUUCCUUACAGCUCAGUUGACAAAAAAGGAGUUGGAGGAGUUGCCUUUUGGAGAUAUGCCUAAUCCUAUCAUGACAACAAUUGCAUUCUUAGCUGGCCAUGUCAACCCUGGCGUCGGUUCCGCAGCAGCUAAAACUGCACUCAAGGUGUUGAUGAAGUCAGGCGAAGGCAGACAAGAAGAUGGACCACUCAAACAGGAUGCAGACGGAGAAGAUGCAGCGAUGCAGGAUGUGGUGAAGCAAGAGGUUGACACAGAAGCUGAAUCCAGCAAUUUAAAGAGGGAAGAUGCCGACGAAAAGAUGUCCGAAGCAACCGCAGAGGGUCGUAAAGCAGCAAAGAAAGCAGUCGAUCAAGGCAUCUUCUCUAGAGACAUACAAAAAGAAGCCACUACAUUAGCUCUGAAAAGUGCUGUGCAGAGUGCUCGCAAGCUGGCCAGUUAUGAAGUCCAAGAAAUUCAACAUUGGACACGUUUGGCUGUCAAGACUAUGGUGGACAAGUUGUCCAUCAAGGUACAGCAGUACGAUGAACUCGAGACCUCACUGUCGAACGAAUUACAAGAAUUGGAAAAGCAAUCUGGUUUACUGGCUAACUCCAUUGACGCAUUACUUGUUCAACAUUUCCCUCUGAAUGCCGUUUCAGCAGAAAGCGGAGCCACCGCCGCUGAAUCAAGUACCUCCACCACAACAACAGCCACUAACACUACUACUACGAAUAACAAUAAUACAGCGACAGCGACAGCAAACACUGCAGACGCUCCAUCCUCAUCAUAA